GGAACCGGGGAUUUCCAGCAAAAUGUGUGCAACAAGUGCAUUGUGUGUCGAUUAGCACAGAGCUGACCUGACUGUUGUCUGGUGGAAAACGCCAAGAGCCGAAUGCCAAUUCUGUUAGGACUUCAGUAAAUAUUAAUUACAGCGAUUUAGCGUUUCUCUUGGUGGAAAAAAAGUGUGUUUUUAAUUGCCGUUUUUGCUAGAAGCUAAUAGAGGAGAAUUGAGAUGGAGAGUUUGUACCCAGCCACCCAACUGUGGCUUUGCUGCCGUUGAUGUUCUGCACCCUCCAAAACAGUAAACUUGAAACAGGAAGGUCUGCUCCACAAGUUGAUGGUAUCUUUCUCGUUAAGGUAGAUUCUGGGAAAGUCAACUGCAUUCCUUAGCUCUUGCAAACCUUUUUAAUUGUUUUUUUUCUCACAACCUUAGCCUGAUCUUAUCAUGUCAGUAAUUGUUGCAUCAUAUUUGCUUUAGUCUCUCUACUGGGAAGUCAGAUAAUUGCUUUGUCCUUUUUAAUGGGAAGCAUUUGGGCAGCCUGUUCCUCUGAAGUGCAGAGGAGCAGUGCAGCCGCUGUAGCCACAAUUGCAUCCCACCUUUUCUGGAGCUCAGCGGGCCACGAGCAGGAGAAGGGAGGCAGGGAUGGCUCUCACCUUCUCCAGAACCGAGUAGAAGCUGUAAUGUUGCGUGGUCCUAAAAGUAAAGCUUCCAGCUCCAGUGUUUCUAGAUAUCUCUCAUCUGUGGGCAUAUUCAGCCAGACUUUCCUUAUGAAGUUGUAUUACAGUACAUUAAUUAUUCAUAGUCAGUUUAAUUCUUUGUUCUUGCAUAUUUAAUUGUAAUAGCAUGCUGUAUGUCACAGUGAUUUCCCAGAAGCACUGAACACCAAAGGAAAAUCGUUCAGGUAUAUGGUCUUAAAUACAUCCCUGCUAAUCUUUGGUGUUGGAUUUUGGAGCAGAAUGGGUUAUUAUCAGAUGUUUCUUGCAGAGAAACAAUUAUGCAAAAUCAUAAUUUAGCUUAAUCUUUUCAGCUAAAUUCUUCCAGCUCAAGUAGCUGGUUUGAUGCUGAUGACAUUUACGUUGUCUUGCUUAUUUUAUGAGGAGAAAAUGCUUAAUGGGAGGGAGGAGAUGACUUUUGUUUGCUCCUCUGAAGGGGAGGAACCUCUGUCAAAGACUCUGGAAGUACAAAUCGAUUCCUUCCUGAAGAUGAAGGAAGGGAGUAAGAUUUUUAUUGAGUUUUCUUUUCAUUGAUCAGAAUAGUGAUGCCAAACGCUUGUUUGAUUAAGAUUGGGGGUUUUUUAAUGAUGAGGAUGGGCUCCUAGUGCUUGACGUGAGAAAAUAUUGGAGGCACGGGAACUGCAAAUGCAUUUACAAUUUGAUUUGCAUUACCCUCGUUCUAGAGCUGUUUCGUGCUUGGGAGGCACUUGGUGAAGCUGAACCCCUCAUGUUUGGAGAGCGGGAUUGUUCUCCGAGAUUUACCGUAGGAGUUUAAACUUCUGAAAAAUCUGUUUACAAUGUGUCUGAACUGGAGGAUAGAGGACACAGUAGAGACUGUUAUCUGUUUACUGCUCAGAUAAGGAGGUGGAAUAGAUUGCUGGCCUGUUUCUGAACUCUGCUUAAUGAAUGGUUGCUAGGCAAAUUGCAUCUCAAUCAGCUUAAUCCUCAAGAUGUCAUUUACAGGUCUGCUCUUUGUGAGGGCCGGAAUCGUGUGCUUUCAAACUGCACAGGCCAGAAAUUGCCAGCAAAGCAGCUUAGAAUAGCUUGUUCAAAAAUUCAGUGUACAUGUGUUGCUGAGCUGCCCAAUUUGAAGUGCCUGUUGUCGCAGGGCUAUCAUUGCGUGGCCACGCGCUAGAUGAGAUGUUCGGUGAUAGACAGGAAGCAGCAGCAUCCUUAGCACUGUUUCUGGAUCGGCACAGCAGACAUCAGAACGUUUUGGCACUGGAUUAACGUGAAGGAAAACGUUUCUAAAUGGGGACCGCACUGCUGACGUGAUGAAAGUGUGCAGAGGAGUGAAUGCCCCAUGUUGUGUUAGUGCCUGUCUGCCAUGCUGGCCUGUCUGCCAGGACCAGGUGACCUCUCCUUUCAGCUUCUUUCUUACACGCAGAUGAACACUGGACUUCAGAAAUGGGACACUACACAGAAAAUGAGAUCUGCACAGUAUCCUACCCCAGCAGAAUUGGAUGCUUAUGCUAAGAAGGUCGCCAACAAUCCACUGACUAUAAAGAUUUUCCCAAACAGUGUCAAAGUUCCCCAGAGGAAACACAUACGCCGUACUGUGAACGGACUUGAUACUUCGGGCCAGAGGUACAGUCCCUACCCGUCUCAGGCCACCACGAAAACCGGCCUCCUGGCGAUAGUCAAAUCUCCAGCGAAAGGAAUCAUCAAAGACUUUGACGGGACACGCACGCGUCUGCUGCCGGAAGCGAUGAUGAAUCCCCCUUCCACACCAUACGUUGCACCUAGCACUUUAACCCACCCGCAGGCGCUCGCUCGCCAGCAGGCUCUCCAGCAUGCACAGACUUUGCCGCACCCCCAGAAUAUCCCGCAGCCACAGACUUUGCAGCACCCUCAGGGUAUUCCACAGCCACAAAGCUUACCGCACCCUCAGGGGAUCCCGCAGCCGCAGGCGCUGCCGCACCCUCAGAACAUGCCGCAGCCGCAGGGCUUGCAGCAUCCUCAGACCAUGGCACACCAGACUCUGCAGCACCCCCCGAAUCCUUUGCUGCAGCCGGGUUUACAUGGAAGCAGAAAGAUGCCGGAUGCAGAUGCGCCGCCGAAUGUGACCGUGUCUACCUCAACCAUUCCCCUCUCUAUGGCUGCCACCCUGCAGCAGAACCAGCCGCCGGACCUGAGCAGCAUUGUGCACCAGAUUAACCAGUUCUGCCAGGCCAGGGCUGGCAUUAGCACUACCUCAGUGUGCGAGGGACAGAUUGCAAACCCCAGCCCUAUAAGUCGCAACCUGCUUAUCAAUGCAAGUACCAGGGUAUCUACUCACAAUGUCCCUACGCCCAUGCCUUCCUGUGUAGUAAACCCUGUCGACCAUGCUGCUGCUGCUAUUCCUCCUGCCUCUGUUAACGUGCCCAUGGUGAAUAUUAACAGGGUGCCGCCCGCCUACCAGAAUGAAAUCAAAUCGGUUGCGUGGAACCAGCACCAGCUCGCGCAUCUGCAGCAAAUGUGUGGGGAUGCCGCUGGGCCUGCUGGUCUCACAGGGAAGCACCCUCAGAGAGAGAUCGCGGGGCAGAGUUUUCCUGGCAAAGCUUCAAACUACCCUCAAGAACUGUGCAUGGGCCAGUCGUUCAGCUUGAAGCCCCCCAUCGAGAAGCCUACGCCUUCUCCGCCUGUGAACGGGUUGCAGGGACCCUUGCCAUAUACCAACGGGCACUAUUUCCAGCCCAUCUGGAAUAACAUUCUGCCCACACCCAACAGUGACAGCUCUGGGUCCCAGGACCUCGCCAUGCCUUUCCACGGGGGACAGCCAGCAGGAGCGCCGCUAGAUUGUGCAGGAGGAACUCAUUACAGAGCUGGAGCUGGCCCAUCCAGCCAGAAUAAUGUGAUGCAGACCAUGGAUUACCUAAGCGGGGACUUCCAGCAGUCUUGCUUCAGAGAUCAGAGCAUGGCCAUGCUGGGAAAAGUCCAUCGGCCUCCCAUGAACCGAGCACCUGAACCAACCGAUAGUCGAAAUCUUCAUAUUCAACACCCAGGGUAUAGAUAGGCUGCAGUCACUUUCACAGACAAAAAAAUUAUAGGUUUAGUCUUAAUUUUAAUUAAUAAGCAAGGCGUUUUUAACUUGCAAACUUGUGUGAUCAUUAUAGUAACCAUCGGAAGAAGACAUACUGUAUAUUUAAAAGCUUUGCUUACGUGUUACCUAUCCUUUAUGAAUCAAAUAUUUAACAUGCUUUUUGUUUCAAAGAAUUUCAUUACACUACUUCACGCCACAGCUGUUUCCUCACCGCAGAAUCCCCUUUGUGCAGCUUUUGCCUUCUGCUUAGUAGCUGCUUGCCGGACUGAUGUUGAGUUGCUGCAGGGUUUUCGCAGUUGCAUCUGUUCACCGGCUCCGUCAAGAGCGAGGUAGUGUAGCUGCUUAAAUUUCCAUCUCAAUUUCCUCUGAAGAUUAAGAGCAACAGAGUUUGUCAGGAAGCAGGGCUUAUUUUCGACUCGAAAGCCCAUUUCAUUAAUGCAUUAAACAUUGACCAUUUGCACUGUCUAGAGGCCUAUUUAAUUGAAAAAGAAGCCUAUGUUUGAAAAGAGCAAGCUAGGGGUAUGUAUUUAGGCAUUAAUAUAGGAAGAAGCUUUUCAGCUGUUUCUUGCUGAGACGCCCAUGUUUAUCGUUUAGACUUUGUCCAAAGUCAAAAGUCUCUGGCAGAUUUCUCCGACACUUUUUGUUUUGUGGACAGGGUAUGGAGGAGAGGGAAACGGCAGGUUUAGGAUGAAGGCAGCACAGCUGCCGUAGGUAGCUGCCUUUUUGCUGCAUCGUAUUUUCCUUCCUCACUCCCCUUUCGCCAGCCUAAGAGCUAGCUUUGUCUGAACCCCUCGCUGCUAGGAGUCUGGCUGUCCUGAUGUGAAGGGAAUCCAGACCCACUGACAACUCCAAAAAGGGUUCAGCCGCUUCUCCGGUAGCUAAAAUUAAUUUCAGGGUGAGGAGACGUAACUCAAGCUCGUCUCCGGUGCAAUGAGUGGGCGCGCGGGGCGGCGUGGCACGGUCCCGUUCCGGCGGCAGUACCGCUGGGACGGGAGGCGGUUGAUCCCAAGCGAAGCUCCGCUCACGAGCCACUGUGGGACUGACGGUCCUGUAUUCAUCUCCGUCAAAAUGCCACAGCAAAUGAAAUGGAACAAUUCUCUCUGGGAAUUAGCGAGGCUGUUUCUAACAUCCCUUUUUCCCAGGGUCUCGGUGCCUAACUCCUCCUGUUCCUUUCCCACAUCCCUUCGAGCAGCUGGUCGAGUCAGUGACCGCAGGACACUAACCACUGGGUAACCUCAGCGUCUCGUUCUCCUCCGUGUGCCGAAACAUCUUUUCCCUCCUAACAGCCGAGUUUGUUGUGAGUAACCAGUUCCUCCUCUCUCUUAACGAGACUGAUACUUGAACAUAAUGAUCACAGUCAAGUUUGGAAAUUAAAAAAAAAAAGAUAAUAAGAAAAGAAAUAAAUGCAUUGAUUCUUUCUAUGUACACUGGCUAAAAAAUAUUGCUCUACACUGUAACUUUUAAGUGUAAUAUUUCUGUAUGAAUGUCGCCUGGUAGUGUGGGUUUGAGUAGCAUUGCGUAUGGGUGAACCCACUGGCCUCUGCCACCCACUGGCCUCCCUCACAGCCCUCUGGAAAACAAAGCCUUAAGUAUUUGCUCCUUGAACUUUCCUUAACGAGCAUGGUUUAAAAUCUUACCCGACAUCAUACGAAAUUGAGAGAAAAAAACAAAAAAAAAAAGGAAAAAAAAAUAACAAGUUUUGAAGUGACGUCAUAGUUGGCUUAGAGAUUCUUAAAGAAGUUUUUCGUAAAUGGGAAAAUUAGCAAACAUUUUAUUUGUAUUUUUUUAAUUUAGACGUGUAGUCCUGGGCUGUAACAAAUAUUUAGGUUUCAAAGCUUAGCAGAGUACGUUUCCUGACUCCUCGCGUAAGUUGGUACACUUAUAUCCUGUCAUUAUUUAAAUUCUUUUUAAGUGUACUAUAAACCGUUCUUUAGUGGUAACUCUUUAGCAAAGUGAAGCAAUUUGACUAAAGACGGAUUAAAUUAUGUGUUGGCUUGUGUUGCCUUAUAUUUAAAAAAAAGGAAAAAUUGCCUGAUUGUGUUAUGCCAAAUGAUAGCAACAUGAAGUCCUAAUUUAUUGUUUAUAAUCGUAUUCCUGCAGUCUUUGUGAAAACUGGUAAAUAUACAUCUAUGAAAGAACUAAACUCCCGAGGCUUUUCAUGCAAUAUUUUUCUGAAUCCAUUCGAUUGGAAGCCGAGGUGAAGCUGCUUCCCUGACAGCCUCCCCGUCGCCCACCCCAUCCGCCCCCCGAUCGACCCAGGGCUGUGCUAUGACGUUAACCUUCCCCACCGAGUUAGUUCCUGUAAGGUGUUCUGCUACCUGAAUACAGAUCUUUGUACUAAAUAAACUAUUGGCCUCUCCUCUCUUCCGGAGCUGCUCAUCCCGACUGUUAUUAAAAGCUGUUUUUUCCCUCCUGCUCCUCUCCCGAGGGAGAGCCUGCGUGUGUCCCGUGCUGUGGCGUUGGUGGAAGCGGUUCCGUGCCGGCGAGGGGUUUGCGUUAGCGGUGGCAACGCACCGGGAGGUGCUGGGGAUUGUUCCAUGCGGACCGUCCCAGGUAGAGCAACAACCUUAGAGCCUUUGCCCCGGUACAGCAGGACCGGGAUCCAAAGUAGUCCGGAGACUCAUCCAGGUGGGACAUUGCUUGAAAAAUAGGAAACGUUUUACUAUUAAAAUCAACUUAAAUGCUUCCUUUUGUUCUAGGAGUGGGAUUUUUUUCUUUAAGCCGACCCCUUCCACUUCUCUAGCUGCCUGUUGCUGAGGGGCUCCUCUUCCUUCUCCUUGCCCGCUCCAUGUCCUGUAAGGAGAAACGCAGCUGCUGGUCCUGCUCCUUCCCAGCCUCGGCGCGGGCACAGCGGAUCCUGCCUGGGCAUCCUGAUGUGGGUGUCCCGCUUGCCGAGGGGGUGAAAGGGAGAGCGGGUGAGGCUCAAGCCCAAAGCUGGUGUGUGACAGGAGCUGUUCUCUUUUGGAAACACUUGAACACGCAGUUUUAUUUCACGCCAAAACCAGAGUAACCUGAAGACCGAGCGUGCACCUUCCCCCUGGGCUCACCACCGCUCGCCUUCCCUUUCCGUCUGUCUCUUCGUCUGUGGGUCAGUGGCUUCCUGACCUCUGACUCCAGCACCGGGUUCCUGUUCCCCUAAUGGAUCUGAGGCGCUUGCAGAUGACAGUUCUGCUCCUUGAGGGAAGAGUAAGGUAUUUUCAGAUGUUUUACUUAUUUCUGCUGUCUCCCCAGCAAUAAAAUCUGUCCCAUUUACUGUGCCAGACCAGUUUAGCAGAAUACCAGUUUUCUGAUGGUUCCUGGCAUCUCCCUUGCCAGCCGGAGGUGGCCAUCACAUCCUAGGAGGGAUAACGGCCUCAAGGUGCACCAGAGGAGAUUUAGGUUGGAUAUUAGUUGUAAUUUCUUUACUGACAGAGUUGUCAAGCACUGAGAGGCUGCCCAGGGGGGCGGUUGAGUCGCCAUCCCUGGAGGAGGUUAGAAGACAAGAAGUUGUACAUGGGGACGUGGUCUAGUGGUGGACGUAGCAGGGCUGGAUUGAUGGUUGGACUCAGUGAUCUUCAAGGUCUUGUCCAACUGAAACUAUUGUAUGAUUCUUUAAACAUGGAAGCCUAAACCCUUCCACGAGGAAUCUUCCACCUCCAGCAUGUCUUUUGAGGAGAAUCUUUGAAGCUGUUAAAUCCCAAGCCCGGUUUGUUACAGCCCAAAGUUAACAUGUCAUAAAGACACUUGUGAGUUUUCCUUCUUCAAGCUAACAGUGUGCAAGAUGUCUCCGUGGGACGCGGCUGCUCCCGUAGAAACCAAACAGAAAUGCUCACUGGGGAGAGAACUGGGAAUUGAUGCUGCAUUUCAUUAAAGCACAGGCCGAUUACAAACGCUGCUGCUCGUCUGCUAAGGGUAUGAAUAGUGUCUCUUUUUAAUUUCAUUUUGUCUGCAGGAGAAAGAAAAAGGCAGAAAAAGAAAGGGAGAGACCUGGUGCGUCUGCCCCUUCGGCUGGUUUGGUGUGGGGCGAGCGCGGGAGGCUGGCGUGGGCAGCAGCUCGGGGUGGAUGCUUGUCCCAAAGGGAAUUUGAGGAAGGGUCUUGGUGCGUUCCUGGGGUCUGAAUGUGUCGGGCGUAGCCCAGAAAAGCACCAGGAAGGUCUGGGAAAAUAGAAGUGACACAAAAUCCCAGAGCAUGAAAGAUGCUGAAAGAAUUAUUGGAGGAGGAGUUGGGGAGAUGGUUGAAGUCCUGUCAGAAGAGAGGGUUUUUUGACAACAUCAGUGAGGGUUAGGGCUGCCCCAUGCCCUGAAGGCUGGUUUCUCUGACCAGGAGGGUAAUGCUAUGGGGAGACAGGGAGCUGCUCCAGAAACCGGACCCAGCAGCUUCCCUGGACCGAGUGCCCUGCAAAGGGCUGUCCCAAAUUCUGGGGUAAUAAACUCCAAGUUUUGCUUAUAAGAUAACAUUAAAUACAAAAUUUUAAAGUGAAGUCAUAACCCUUUCUGGUAGACAGGAGUUGCGAGGGUUUUCUUUCCAGUGAUCCUGCACCCAAUUUAGGGCAUGGAGCACGCGGGCUUUCAUCUCUAACUGAUACAACAGCUCAACCCCCAUCUCCUCUGCGCUUUCCGCAAACAGGCGAGUGUCAGAAUCCCUCUGAUGGCAACCGAAUACCUUUCAUCCUGUGUUCACUGUUCAGAUUCUAAGAAAUCUAUUUGGUUCCUAUGUGCUUUUCCAGGAAUUUGGGCUAAAUCGGGCAGCUUAGCCCAGUCCAGCUUAGCCGGGAGGAGUUGGCUCUGCCCACAGGCGCUGCCGCUCCAUCCAGCCAACCUGGGGAGUUUGACCUUCAGGAUCCUCCUCUCUUUUGACUGCUGCGGCUCCUUCAGUGUCUCAGUUCUUCCUCUGUCCCCCAAAAGGAGGAAUCCCUCCUGCGUAGCCUUUUCAGGAGGCUUUUACGCUGUCUUUGCUGUUAGAUCUGUUCACCGGAGUGAGGAUCUGAUGGGAUAAUGAGCCAGCGGGGACCUCGAUGUGAGCAGCCACUGCCUCCGAUGAGGGGUUACCUGCAGCCACCACUGAGCUGAAAGCUACAGCAGAGUAAAAUCCAACCUUUAAAAACUCCUUCUUUAGGGCCAAAUAGGGUUUUCUUCCAAAGAUUUAAGUGCUGUGUUGGUCUUUUCCCUCUAAACUGAGCUCACUGUGCCCCUGGGGAUGGUGGGAGGAUGUGAGUGUUGAGUUGGACCCAAGCGAGACUGCGCCCAGAUGUUCUCUGCCAAAAAGAAGCAGCAUGUCAACUCAGGAUGGACGCUUGGAGAGGAGCAACUGCUGCAGGCGAGGUGAAAACCGGGAGCUGGAAAACAGUCCUGCCCAAAGUGGGGGUCCUGGAGGAUCGCAGGGGAGUGGAGGAACCAAAGGAAAGGGGUGCUGGUUGAGCUUAUGUUGGGCAACGCCUUUCAAGUGCUCUUCCAGUGCUCAACAAGGCCAAAUUGCAAUAAACUUGCUGGAGUAUUUUAUCUAAUUAGCUUAAGUUAAUUCCAAGGCAAUUGGGUACAAAUUGUUCAUUCAGCGCAGACAGCUGCUGGCUCAAGAGCUGCGAUAGAACUGACUGAAAUCACACCGGGAUUUAAACGGUCCUGCUGUAAAACCCUCUCCUUCACCUCCCCAACCCCUCAGUCCCGGAAGGGCAAAGGGCUGGGGAAGGAGCCCGGCUGGGUUUAGUAAAGGAUGUGAAGAGCAAAUGUGUCUGGAGUUGUUCUCCUUAUGAAAUAUUAAUGCCUGGUUGAGCCGUCCUGGCUGAGAAGCAUCGAUAAUCAGCACAAAUCGGGGCUCUGCUGCAUCAGCAGAUCAGAGAAUCGUAGAAUACUUUGGGUUGGAAGGAAUCUUGAUGCUCAUCCAGUUCCAUCCCUGCCAUGGGCAGGGACACCUCCCACUGGAUCAGGGGCUCCAAACCCCAUCCAACCUGGCCUGGAACCCCUCCAGGGAUGGGGCAACCUGGGCCAGGGCCUCCCCACACUCAUAGUGAAGACAUUCUUCCUUAUCUCCAGCCUAAAUCUUUCCAGUUUAUACCCAUUCCCCUUUGUCCUGUCUGUAUAAGCCUUUGUAAACAGUCCCUCCUCAGCUUUCUGGUGGCCUCUUCAGAUACUGGAAGCUGCUCUAAGGUCUCUGAGCCUUCUGUUCUCCAGGCUGAACAACCCGGAGAAGAGAAGACUCUGAGGAAACCUUAUAGCGACCUUCCAGUACCUGAAAGGUGUGACAUGGCCAAAUUACAUGGUUUGGCCAAAAAAAAAGUCUCCAUCUCCAUCCAAAGAUGGUAAAAGGCUUUGGGGUUUCAUGAGAUGAGGACAUGGCCAUGUGGUUGGGGUCUUAAGCCACCAGUGGUCCACUCCCUGCACCCGGGGACUCCCUCUGUUUAAUAAUGCUCUGCUCUCCCUCCAGCAUCCCAGGAACCACCCGGCCAGUUCUGAGUCCCGUUGGAGCGAGCUGGCAGGCUCUGAGCCUUUCGACUAAAUCUUCAACCCACCGAGUUUCCAGGAAGUUUAUUUUUAAACUUGAUAUUUGAGGCUAAAUCUAGGAGGAAAUCGCUUUUUCCACCCUCUCCCCCCCUGAAUAUGAAGAGCAUCACCUCCUGCUGCACAGCCGAGGGAUUUGCUCCCGUUUCAUGCAAACACGGGAAGGUUAAGAGGUGCUCCAAGAUCCGGCUGACAUUUCCAGCCAGGCUGCGCACGGCGACGUGGCUCCGGGGUAAAUGGAGCUGCCGUGCGGUGCUCAUCAUCUCCAAGAGCAUCUUUGCCGGCGCUGGGAGCCACCGGAGAGCAAAACCUCACGGCAAAGUCACCUUUAGGAUUGGAGAAGGGAAAAGAGCCAAGGAGGGACGGCAGAGCGAUGGGAAUCGCCGCUGUGGGGCCAUGGACCCUGGCGCUGGUUUUCCUCCCAGCGUGGUUUUCAGGGCUCACAGCCAGGAGCUGCCACGCAGGCUUUUGCCGGCGUCGCUUGACUGCUUUUCCUUCAUAAAUAAUCAAUGGGUUUAUUUCUUUUAUGGUAACGGGUGUGCAACACGAGGCUGCCAACGCCGGACAGGACGUCUCCACACAGAGAGAGAGAAAGUGCCUAUAUACACAUAAAUAUAUAAAUUAAAAGUAUAUAAUUAAGAUAAAAUAUU